AUGGGAGACGUGGAAAGCCUGAAGAAGAUGCUCAAAACACAUUCUGAUUUUCCUAAGAAGGCGAGUGGGAUCGUCUUUCUAGAUAUAUUCCCGAUCUUUCGGGACCCAAUAGCGGCUGAGACCCUCAUCACGCAUUUUAUGCACCACUUGGUGGCGGAGACAGUGCCUCAGUCCCUGUCGAAAAAGGUGGACGUAGUGGUUGGACUCGACGCGCGAGGAUUCAUUCUUGCGCCCAUACUUGCCUUGAGACUCGGAGCCGCAUUCGUUCCUGUCAGGAAGAAAGGAAAGCUCCCGGGAGAGUGCGUCACUGCGACAUAUGAGAAGGAAUAUGGAUCUGUUUUCUAUCAGGACGAGUUUGAGAUGCAAGCCGACGCGAUUCGCCCUGGUCAGACCAUCAUAAUUGUAGAUGAUCUCAUCGCCACCGGUGGGUCGGCCAAGGCAGCGGGACAGCUCGCUGCGAAAUUGGGCGGCAAAGUGUUGGAGUAUUUAUUCAUAAUUGAACUAUCCUACUUGAAAGGCUCCCAAAUGCUAGAUGCGCCCGUUUAUUCUAUGGUGAAAGAGGACGACUAG